AUGGUCAUUUAACUAGAUGAGGAAGCUGUCAAACUAAGAACAAUGUUAAAGAUCCUUAUGUAUGGACAAGGAGUGAUCUGCAAUUUUAAGUACUUUCAGUAUGGAAGUCUCACAGCAUUUUUUCAGACCAUUGUCAUCUUAAUAAUCUACACAGCUUAUAAAACAAUGCAUUUCUGUAAUGUGAUGAUCUUUCUGAUCUUAUGCAUCUUAGAUCUGAACAUUGCAGUAGGAAACUGGAUAAAUUAUGAGAAAGAAAUCUCUGAAGAUAACUCUAAAGGGCCAAGCAAGGUAAUACGAUCUGUCUUCAUAGUGGAGAUUGUAUACUUUAUAGUAGCUAUAUACUAUUCUUUCUUUGCUUACUGCCACUUUAAAACUCUGUUUGAAACACAGCUCGGAAAUUUCAGAAACGGAGCAAACAGAAGGUUUGAGCAAAGAGAUAGGGAUGAAGAAAUUGAUAGUUAACCCCAAAGGGAUCAGAUAUAUAUGAGAGAAAAUUUCUUAAGACAGCAGCAGCAGUAACUUAGAAAUGUAGCCGCGGCAUAAAGGGGCCUUAACAAUUGA